GGAAUUGUUGACUCAAGCCCGUGCAAAUAUGCAAAAUGCUCAAGUCCGCAUGCAGCAGCAAGCCAACAGCGUCGCGUGCCAUGUCCUAUCCUGUCUCUUAUACACAUCUAGAUGUGUAUAAGAGACAGGGCAAAAGCAGCAGAGAAGUUGCGGCUACAAGCCGAUUCAGACGCAGAUGCCCAGGCUCGCCGCAAAGAAGCCCAGGAUCUGCUGCAGCGGCAUGAAGCCACAAGCAUCGACAGACUCAAGUUCUGGCAUUUUGAACCGAACGGCGACGAGGCAACACCGGAAGAGAAGCACAAGGAGUUUCUCUCCAAGCUCGUAUCACGGCUGUUGUAUACUUGCAACUACCAACAGGCCGAGCUAGAAAAACAGCCCCAGGAGUUGGCGACGCCCCGCCGCACAGUGCAGAGCCACGAGCAUGCAACUCAGGCACUCAAUGCCCGAUUGCUGGACCUGGAACAGGCUGUGCAGAGCCACGAGCAUGCAACUCAGGCACUCAAUGCCCGAUUGCUGGACCUGGAACAGGCUGUACCAGGACCAACUGCUGGGGCUUCCAGCAGUGCACCCUCUAGCCGCCAACUGGAAGAACACGUUGACCACAUCCUAGCAAUGCUCGACGACAUUAACACCUUCACUGCGCCGUCCACCAUCAGCACCCAGUUGCAUACCUUGAAGACCGAGGUCCAACAGCUGCAGUCGACGAACGCAGAUGGCAAUCAAAAGAUGCCAACUUUCCAAUUAGAAAAGUUCGACGACUACACGCAGCAGGAUCCGACCUUCUGGUGGGAGGCAUUCACGAUGCAACUCAGGAUUUUGAUUGUCGCUAAGCACAAGUACAUCGGCGCCCUGCUCCUGAACUCAAAGGGCGGAUGUCAGACCUGGUUGACCCACCUGGCAACCUCCCACGACGUCGACGUACCGGACCUCAAGGACAAGAUCACAUUUGAAGAACUGACACGGCUAUGGAAGAAGCGGUUCAUCCACCAAGCACAAGACCUCCUUGUGCCAAGAUCAGGGCAAGGAGGAUGUGCGACCCCGCCUCAGCUCAAGAAACUUAGCUCCACGGAAGGUGAGGCGACUCCACCUUCUACUCCGCCAGAUUCGACCCCCUUGCUAGCGGCCUCCUGCACAUCUGGGGAGGAUGCGAAUGUCGCAAGUCCUCGGUAUACUUACGAGGAUUAUGCUGUCCACUUGGUUCCACCGCUGGACCAACCGCUCCGCGUGCAACAGUCCACCGCAUGCACGGUUUCAUCACCAUCGGCAACCGAUUCGGCAGCUUCGCCGCAAUCUGUCGUCGGGGAUUCGACGUCAUGGUCAAGAUUUGAUGAGCUCGACCUGUUGACGUUCACGGACUUCCAGUGGAUGCCCGUUCCCUCGACCGGACGAUUGCCGAAACCGCAUUGCAGCGUGCUUAUGACACAAUUGCGGGACUACUUGCACACUGCAGUACCAGCUUCGUUGAUGGACAUCGGAGUAGAGGUUGUUGACCUUCACGUUUACAUCGCGAAGAUCGACCGCGAGUUCAAGACGCAACGCGAGGAUCACCCGAUGAACUUCUUCAACCGCACCGUUCACGUUCGUGAUCGGAACGGAGUAUUAGUUCCAUGCACGGUGCCUCUUCCUCGUCCUUCGAUCAGCUGCCACGUGGUAGCCGCCGCAAGCAUGCGAGCUUCCAUCAUCAGAGAUGACAUCAAGGAGAUGGGGGUGUGUUUUCUCCACGCCCUCCCGCCCCAUGACGCUUCAUCGACGGACUCGCCUUCGGAUCCUUGUAUCACCGAGCUUCUCGACGCCUAUAACAACGUGUUCAAAGGCCCGCACGGAGUAGUACCGGAUCGACCCAUCCGCCACGAGAUCAUCCUCGAGGACGGGGCCGUACCUCCGCAGGGUUGCAUAUACCGAAUGAGCGAGGAAGAAUUAAGUGUGCUCCGCGCACAACUCGACGACCUUCUAGAGAACGGCUGGAUUCGGCCUAGCUCAUUGCCAUACGGUACUCCUGUUCUCUUCGUCCGGAAGAAGAACAAGGACCUGCGGUUGUGCAUCGAUUAUCGCAAGCUCAACGCGCAGACGAUCAGGAACGCCGACCCUCUCCCACGCAUCGAUGAUCUUCUCGAGCGAUUGGGCGGCGCCCAGUUUUUCUUGAAGCUUGAUCUCACGUCAGGGUACCACCAACUCGAGCUUCGCAAGGAGGACCAUUACAAGACCGCAUUCAAGACACGGUAUGGAUAUUUCGAAUGGCUGGUUAUGCCAUUUGGCCUUACAAAUGCCCCGACCACUUUCCAAGCGGCUAUGACAACGGAGUUCCGACACAUGCUGGAUCGAUACGUGCUUAUCUAUCUCGACGACAUCCUGGUGUACAGCCGGAGUUUGGAGGAGCAUGUGGAACACCUGCGCACCGUUUUGGAGCGGCUACGACAGGCCAAGUACAAAGCCGACCGCGACAAGUGUGAAUUCGCACGGCAGAAGCUAGAGUACGUGGGCCAUUAUGUGACGCCGCAAGGCAUCCGUCCGCUCGCGGACAAGAUCGAGGCCCUACAAGUAUGGCCCGAGCCCACCAACAGCACGGACGUUCGUUCAUUCAUGGGAUUGGCGGGCUACUAUCAACGAUUCAUCACCGGAUACUCCAGGAUUGCUGCACCUAUGACGAGGUUACGGUUGCCAAAGGUGCCAUUCGUAUUCGAUGACGACGCACGCCGGUCAUUCCAAGCACUUAGCAUCUAUGUCCCCACCUUGCCGACGAGAGUGACUACGAACGCUUCCGGCUAUGGCAUUGGGGCAGUCUUGGAACAGCACGACGGCGACGACUGAUACCCUGUGGAGUAUUUCAGCCACAAAGUGCCUYCCAUCAACUCGCUUGAUGAUGCAAGGAAGAAGGAGCUACUCCCGUUCGUCAUGGCUCUC